AUGGCCGUCGUAAUAGAAGAGAAAUCGGCCUCAUCUCCGCUGUCCUUUCUCACAGACAAUGCCAUCGCAUUGGCUAUUACAGACACAUAUUCUAGCCUGCAAGAGCGACGAAGGCUGUUAGGUUUGGAAAACCCUGGCACGGUCGACGGGAUUGCACGCGAGGUGCAGAAAGAUGUUCUCCUAACCAACUUCAUGUUCUCCGGCCUACGAUGUGACUUGCAGAAGAUCUUCAGCGUCAAUCCUCUGUUCCGACUACAACAUGGUUUUGCAAUGGGCUCACAGGCUCUGCCACCGUGGCAGUUGAUGGCUUUGUACGGAAACUCAAAUGUAUUUAUGCAAGCUGCUUAUUCCAGUGACAAGUCCUUGACGGCAUGGGGCAAUCUGAGGUGGACACCACGAUUUGUCACCAAGACCCAAACCUCGAUCGAUCCUCGACAAGCUCAGACGAUGGUGCAAUUUGACAACGAGUACACCGGCGAGGAUUUCUCAGCUUCCCUCAAAGCGAUCAGUCCCUCGAUCCUCGAAGGCGGGCUCACUGGUAUCGUCAUUGGAAGCUACCUGCAAUCUCUCACGCCCCGACUCGCAUUAGGCUUGGAAGGAGUGUGGCAGCGGGCUGCGCUGAACUCGCGCCCUGAGACAGCCGUGUCCUACUGUGCAAGAUACAAGGGAACAGAUUGGAUUGCUAGUGCACAAUACUUGGCUCAGGGUUCACUGGGAGCGUCAUAUUGGCGACGAUUGACGGACAAGGUGGAAGCUGGUGUUGACUGUCAAUUGCAGUUCGCACCAGGUAUGGGUGGUGCAGGCAUGUUUGGAGGCAUUCGUCGAGAAGGAACAACCACGGUCGGCGUCAAGUACAACUUCACCACCUCGGUUUAUCGUGCACAGGUCGACAGCGCGGGCAAGUUCGGCGUCGUAUUGGAAAAGCGGGUUGCGCCUCCGGUCACUCUAACCUUUGCUGCCGAGAUUGACCAGUGGAAGAACACUCAUAAGCUCGGUCUCGCUGUGUCUCUGGAAGGAGCACCAGAGGAGCUUCAAGAAAUCGCCGAGAGACCCGAGAACGCUCAUGUCAUGCCUCCUCCCAUCUAA